AUGGUUACAGAAAUCAAUGAAAAAUAUGCAGCUGAUAGAACCUUGAAAAGGCAGGGAAGUGUACAAGGAAUUGUUACACAUGCAGAUGAGUCUUGUAAUGUGGAUGGAUCUGAAAUCAUAAAAGUUUCUCCCCGAACGUUUGUCGCUAACGAGAUAUGCGAGGGAAAAUUGGUAAAUGUAGCUGAAGGAAUGAAGCUGUAUGAUGAUCUUUUUGAAGAUUCAGAAAUUUCUAAACUUAGUACUUUAGUGAAAUGGUUGAGAGCUUCAGGUAAAAGAGGACAUUUAAAAGGUCAAGCUUUUACUACCUUAAGGAGGCCCAUGAGAGGACGCGGAAGAGAGAUAAUUCAAUUCGGUGUCCCAAUUGCGGAUGCAAACCCUGACAAUGAAGAAGCUUCAGUGACUUCUAGAGAUAUAAAAACAGAGCCCAUUCCUGAAUUGCUUCAAGACAUUAUUCAACGGUUACUUGCUGAACAAGUUGUUAGCGUCAAGCCAGAUUCAGUCAUAAUCGAUGUCUUCAAUGAGUCGCAACCAAAAAAACUCAAUGCGGACGCUCAAGGUUUCCCUCCACCUCCAUCCAACUGGGCCCCACCUCCCAGUCACAUCCGUCAAGGGACUGCAAAACACUUUGGGCCCAUCCCGCCCACACCUGGCCCACGCCCGCAGCCGAACAAUUGUAUCCAGCCAAUGUUCGUUCCUGGCCCUGUGAAGCCUUCAUUUCCUCCGCCGGUGCCACAAGCUCCGAGCUGGCCUGCAGGCCCGCCUCCCCGUCUGCCACUACCUGGGACGGGUGUUUUCAUUCCACCGCAGGGCUCGGGCAACACAUCAGGCCAGCAGACUUCAUCAACUGAAAAUAUGGGCUUAGAGACAAUAUCUGCUCGUUCGGAGGAAAAUGGCGGGAAGAAAUUGAACGAUGGUCACGGGCUGCAAGACAAGCGCGAGUGUAAUGGGACGGUGGUAAAAAAUGGGGAAGAGUUUGAGAAUACCGAUGCGGUCCAAGGUGGAAAAUGA